UCGUUUUCGGCGUAUUUUUUAUGGAAACAUAAUUUUCGAACCGGAAUUUCAUUUUCCGGUGUAUCAAUUUUUGGAAAUCAGCGGAGACUUUGGGGAAAAUCAGGCGUGCUUACUGUGGUUUCAAAUACUAUACAUCAUGGAUUUAUAUUGCCAGAAGCCGGCCUGGUUAGAGCAAUUGAUGGAGAGCAAGUUCUUCGCAAUUUGUCAUGAACAUAAGGAUCAGAAGAAAAAUGAGAUGAACUUGUUUUGUUUAACUUGUGUUCGAUGCAUAUGCACACACUGUCAGAAGAGCCAUAGCCGCCAUAAAUUUUUGCAGGUCAGGAGAUAUGUAUACAACGAUGUUAUACGCUUGCAAGACAUGCAUAAAUACUUGGAUUGCUAUCAAAUUCAGACUUAUAGAAUAAAUGGUGCAAAAGUAGUUUUCUUGAACGCAAGGCCACAAACGAAGCUGACAAAGGUGCUCCCAAGCAAAUGUCGGAUGUGUGAUAGAGGUUUAAAAGAUGGUUACAAAUACUGCUCGGUUUCAUGCAAGGUUAAAGACGUAGAUGCGAACAAAGGGUCCAAUGCACUAUGCAAGUGGUUACCGUUGCCUGAAUUCAUAUCCUUUCCUGGAAAAGAUGACGGUUCCGAAGGCAAAGAGGAUGUUUCAGGCAUAAGUAGCUGUAGUCAAGAUGAAGAAGAACCAGAAGAAGAGGAGGAGUUAACUGGAUCAAUAGAAGAGGAAGCUUUUGAUGCCAAUCCUCAAUGGCUUCUCCCUGUCUUGAAACCAAAGAGAAAGCUACACAAAAGGAAAGGCAUCCCUAGAAGAUCUCCUGUCUAUUGAGAGCUCAUGGACCCAUCUCUCACAACUUGGUCUCAUUUUGGUUUUUCCACCUUUAUUUGCAAUUAAAUUAAAUUUUAGACGCCUCAGUUUUGUACAGAUAUCAGAUACACAGAUGGGUUGAUUAUUUGUUGGUUGGGGGUUUUCCUUUUAUCGGAUAUUAUUAAAUUGUAAUAA